AUGUGUAGCCUAUCUUAUUUGUGGCUAGAGAAAAAGGAGUUAGCUCAUGAGCUUCACCAGUUAGCUAGCCUAGGAGUUCGAUUAUUAGACUCGGGCAAUGCAGGAGUUACUAUCCAGGAUUCAGCAGCAUCAUCUCUAGUAGCUGAGGUUAAAGAGCGUCAGUACGACUAUCCCAUGCUAGUCCAUUAUAGAGAUACAUCUCCUCAGAAGAAUAAAACACCAUUUGAGAUUAUUAGUGACAGAGUCCUUAGACAUCGAGGCAAACUAUGUGUUCCUGAUAUUGUAGGGUUACGCCGACAGAUUAUGGGAGAGGCUCAUUAUUCUAGCUACUCUAUUCAUCCAGGGACGACCAAGAUAUAUCAUGAUGUUAAAGAGGUGUACUGGUGGGAUGACUUCAAUGGUAGCUGGGAUGAUCAUUUGCCGCUUGUUGAGUUCGCAUUUAAUAAUAGCUACCAUUCCAGUAUUCAGAUGGCCCCGUAUAAAGCCCUAUAUGGGCAGAAGUAUAGGUCACCUCUCGGUUGGUUCGAAGUUGGGGAAUCAAAAUUGAUCGGACCAGAUUUCAUUCAGCAGGCAGUGGAUAAGGCUAAGCUUAUACAGGAAAGGUUAUUGGCAGCUCAGAGUCAUCAGAAGUCCUAUACAGAUAAUCAACGGCGAGACCUGGAAUUUCAGGUAGAUGACUGGGUGGCCUAUGAGUUAGAUCUCCCUUCAGACUUAGAGUCUGUACAUCUAGUCUUUCAUGUAUCUAUGUUCCAUAAGUUCAUUGGAGAUCCUUCCAGAGUCAUACCCGUUGAUGGUGUUCAGGUUACAGAACAACUAUCAUAUGAAGAGGUUCCCAUUGCCAUCCUAGAUCGACAGGUCCGUAGGUUGAGGACUAAGGAUGUAGCAUCUGUAAAAGUACUUUGGAGGAACAAGAAUGUUGAGGAGAUGACUUGGGAAGCUGAGGAAGACAUGAGAUCCUGA